AUGACAGUGAUGAGGAAGAGGAGGAGGAAGAUGAGGAGAAGAAGAACAAAGAUGGGGACAGUGAAGAAGAAGAAGAAAGCGACGAGGAAGAUGAUGAGGAGGGGGAUGAUGAGAAGAGAGAUCUGGACGAGGAGAGUGAGGACGAGGGAGAAGAGGAUGCCGAAGAAGACGAAGAGGAAAAAAACGAAAAGGAAAAAAAGGAACCGGCAUCUGCAGCCCGUCACAAUCGCCGUGACAGGAGGAACGGAGAGGAGAGAGGCGAGCCAGAAGCCGACGACGACAAUUCGGAAGCAGCGUCACAAAACGAGGAAGAGAACAACCGCCUCAGGAGGCAAAACAGACGACGACGGAGCCCAGAUGUUGACUCAGGUGAAACAACACAACAACCCUCGCCUUCUCGACCACAGCACACUCCCGCCACCACUGCCACCACGUCCACUACCCGAGGCCCCCUAA